GCCUCACACACACACACACACACACACUUGCUCAGGACAGAUGGAUUCCUCCAACCGCGUCAACUUUGUACAUCGAGAUGAAAUCUGGAAAGCGCAUGUACAACUUGAGAAGAAUUCAGCAAAAGUUUGGCCCAACAAGUGGGGCUUCCUGACUGAAGCCUACGGGGAGUACCACACGGAGAGCUUGAAGCUGAAGGAGGAGAUGAAGGUGGGACUUCCUCCUCACCUGGCCGUCCAACCUGUGACCCCCCCACAAAAAUAUAUCCAUGUCGGCCCCUCUCCUCCAGUUCCACCAACCACUCAGGCUCUCAUCGGUUGGCGUUCAGGUCACUCACAUCUUCAGUUUGAAAAGUACGGCCUGGUGCAUCAUGGGAGACGUAGUUUUCUCAAGGAGCUGGGCUGGCCUCAAGGCGCUCGCCCCUGAAUGGGAGUCCUCUUUCUGUGCAACUC